ACUACUCCCAGACGCCUGUGCUUAGCGGCAUGGUCACUGUUUGGAAAUGGCUGCGACCUUGUUGCAUGACGGCAGCCGCGGGUGUCUGCUCUUUCUGGUGCAGGGUGUGCAGCAACAGAAGUCUGGCCCACUGGCUAAGCACCUGUGCUGUAUAAGGAGGCGAUGGAGAGCAGCCAGCACCGCCUGCAAACAUGCCAGAGCUACAGGUUCUCUGCCGUGGGAGAGUGUUGUUGGGCUUGAAGUCCAUGCUCAGAUUAAUUCCAUCUCCAAGCUUUUUUCAAGUUCCCAAGUUAAGUUUGCUGCUCCUCCAAACUCAACUGUGUCGUUUUUUGAUGCUUCGUUGCCAGGAACUCUGCCAACAAUCAACAAGAGAUGUGUAGAAGCAGCUGUGAUGACAAGCCAUGCUUUACACUGCGCCAUAAACAAGAAGUCGCUGUUUGAUCGAAAACAUUAUUUCUACGCCGACCUGCCUGCUGGUUAUCAAAUUACACAACAAAGGCUUCCAAUCGCAGUUAAUGGGCUUCUCACAUACCGAUAUCAAGUAGGAACAAAAUGGAAUCAGAUGGUUACUAAGUGCGUCAGGAUUAAACAGGUCCAGCUGGAGCAGGACAGUGGCAAGAGUCUCCAUGACGACUCAAGGCGACAAACUCUUAUUGACUUGAAUAGAGCUGGAAUUGGACUUAUGGAAAUUGUAAUGGAACCUGACAUGACCUGUGGAGAAGAAGCCGCUGCUGCUGUCAGAGAACUCCAACUAAUUUUGAAGUCUCUUGGAACAAGUCUUGCAAACAUGUCAGAGGGCCAGUUGAGAGUUGAUGCAAACAUUUCUGUUCAUCGUCCCGGCGAGCCAUAUGGUGUGAGGACAGAAGUAAAGAACAUUAACAGCGCACGUUUUCUGGCAAAAGCCAUCGAUUAUGAAAUUAGACGACAAACUGAAAUCCUGGACAACGGAGGUACAAUUCUGAAUGAGACAAGAGCAUUUGACUACAAACUUGGGGCCACAAUACCGAUGAGAGACAAGGAAGGAAAGCAAGAUUACCGGUUUAUGCCAGAACCUAACCUCCCCCCUUUAAUACUGUACGAUGCUAAGUCAUUGCCAGCUAACGUGGAUGCUGAUCAGGUCGUAAAUAUUGAUUUGAUUAAAGAGAGACUCCCGGAGCUUCCCAGCGUCACCAGGGAGAGGCUUGUUGAACAAUACGGAAUAUUACCCGAGCACAGUUUUAUCUUGGUGAAUGAGGAUGGACUACAAGAAUAUUUCGAAACAGUUGUCAAAAUGACUAACGCUGACCCCAAGAAGAUAAUUGGAUGGGUAAUUAAUGAUUUGCUUGGUUACCUAAGGCAGCGAAAUCUCACAAUCAAAGAAAGUCUGAUCAGUCCCAUCUCGUUAUCUGAACUUCUGACGCUUUUGGAGAAUAGAGUCAUUUCUUCAUCAGCUGCUAAACAGGUGUUCCAGGAGCUCUGUAAGGAAGGCAAAAAGACCCCGGCGCAGAUAGUUCAGGAGAAGAACCUAGGACAGCUCUGUGAUCGGGGACAACUAGAAGACGUCUGCCAGAAAAUUGUUGAUGGGCACAAAGAAGAGGUUGCAGCAGUACAGCAAGGAAACCUCAAAGUUAUCAACAAACUGAUUGGGUUAGUGCAGAAGUCUACAAAUGGACGAGCAGAUCCAGUUCUCGUAAGGACUAUACUUGAAGAAAAGGUGUUAAUAAAAUAGUAAUUCUUCCCCAAAGAAGUACAUGUUGUAUAUUGAAUGAAUUGUCUUAAAAAAAAGUGUUUUCAUUGUCCAGAAUGCUUGUAAACACACUGCUGUGAUACAUUGGGAUGUACAGUUCCCCUGUGAUGCCUUUAUGAUGACGACUCUAAUUUUCUUUGUUUUGUCGAUUAAUAAAAAAAAAAAAUGUAAACAGUAUAA